GAAGCUACAAAGUAGUAGUACUAAUAUGAAAACAGAAACAUCUGCUAUGGAAAUAAGUAUAGAACAACCAUCAGGAAAAGUUGAAUCAACUACGAUAGAAUUUACUUUAAUAUAUACAAAUGAUCAAACUGAUGACUACAAGAACAUAACCAGCACUGAAUUAAUCUCGAUGGAA